AUGUCUUUUCUGUCAAGAUCACGUCAUCUCUUGACAUUUAAAACCCCACCCUUGCCUUCGUCAGAGAGCAUCUCUUUAACAUGCCGUGACAAACCCAUUAGCCGAGAAGAGCUCUUUCAGUAUACCAAUGGUCGAUUUCUGACUCGAGACAAACAACAACGUGAUGGUCGUUAUGUCAAAUUUGAUUUAGAAGCCCUUUGUGCUAUUGCAGCCUCCACAGGCCCUUCAGUAUCGCCUGUUCGAGAAGUCGAAAAGUUGGAGGGCGGAUUCAGCAAAGCAUUACGUAUACGAAGGGAGAAUGGUACAGAGCUCAUUGCGAAGGUUCCGUGUCCCAAUGCCGGCCUCGCAAAAUACACGACUGCCUCAGAGGUCGCUAUUCUGGAAUACGAGAGCAUACGGACAUCCCAGUACCAUACGUCUAUACUUGGAGUGUUUCCUGUUGGGGCGGAGUACAUCAUCAUGGAAAAGGCUGCCGGUGUUCAGCUCCUCAAAGUGUGGGAUCAGAUUGACGAGCCAUGCAAACUUGCCAUCAUCAAGCAGCUAGCCAAGUGGGAGAGUCAACUGAUGUCGAUAAAGUUCCCGGCUUAUGGCUGCGUAUAUUCUCGCCGCUCUUUUCCUGAGGGUGAGAGAAGCGUAAACCUCCCUGCAGAUAUAGAUCGAUCUGAGUCCUAUUGUGUUGGUCGCUCCUGCGACCCAACUUGGUCUACAGUGCCUGAGAACUUGAUCCUUGGGCCUUGGCCUUCCCUCGCCGAAUUUGGAACUGCCCUAGCAAAACGCGAGAUCUAUCGCAUCUCUCAGGAAUCGAAAAGCGUUCACGUGGUUGGCCAUCGUGGCACAGCUGCUGAACAGAUCUCUUUGCUAGAGACAACCAUUGAGCUCAUGAAGAUUCUAGGCUCUCACUCUGACCUCCUUCGACAUGCUCAACCUACCGCCUGCCACACCGAUUUACACAUGGGCAAUAUUUUUGUCUCAGAGAAUGACCCUUCCAAAAUCUCGACAAUUAUCGACUGGCAAUUCACACAAGUAGCUCCUAUGUUCUUACAGGCACGCUGGCCGGUUCUCUUGACUCUACCAAAAGGCUACCCAGCUGGGAUCGUCACGCCCAAGUUACCUGAUGACUAUAAAGACUUGGAUGAGAAAGAAAAGAAGUUGGCAGAGUACAACUUCAACCUGGCAACGGCGGCCAAAGCCUAUGAGAUAAGAUGCCUCCUUGACAACAAGGAUGCUUACGAUGCCAUGAACUUGCCUCGAGUAUAUCGUGAGCUCUUCAUUCGUUGUGGAGCAACAUGGGAAGAGGGGCCUGCGCCAUUGCGGGAGUGCCUAAUCGAGAUUUUCAAUUCCUGGCAUGAUCUAGAUCUGCCGGGUGAAUGUCCCUACAUAUUCCGUGAAGAAGAAAUUUAA